CCUCGCAAGUCCCCACUUCACCGGCCAGCAUGCCUCCUAGGCGGCAGCAGACGCAAGCAUCUUCGUCCACUGUUCGCGAUCCACAGCCUCUUAAUUUCGAGGAUGAAGAUGAAGCUGUGUCCGCUGGCAACGAAGUCGAAGAUCGCGGAGAGCGCGCCGCCUAUGGCUCCAAAGCGCAGCGCUACUAUGAGGAGGCUCUCACCUGCUACAUGACCUACGCACGACGUCCGAACUGUCCCAACGCAGCAUACAACGCAGCUCGCGUCCUCCAUAUCCUCGCCGAUGGCUUUUACAUGCCGCAGAAAGCGUGCGCUGCCCUACUCGAAGCGCGAGAGCUGUACGGUCUCGCGUUGACUGGGGCAAAGAGCGCCGCAGCCCAGCAAGGAGCGCAAAGUGGUGAGAUGGACUUUGUCAUCGAUGUGGCGAGUAAUCUUGCUGCAACGCUGCAGUCUCUGGGAGAGACAAUGACCAAUCAUGAGGACCUGCUGCUGAGGAAUCUCGAUGAUGCGCGGCAGCGCGUGGUAGCGAUUGCGAGCGAGGCGGCUGGGCAUCUCGAGGAUGUCGCAACAGAGCAAGACAAGACGCUGGCAUCUCAGCUGCGCGAUCAUCAGGAGCCUAGUGCGCCAGCUACGGCAAUUCAGGAUACGUCACAAGCCUCGACCGACACCUCAACGCCCCCAAACUUCGAACCACAGCCUGCCCCAGAGAGCUCUACCGUCUACUCGUCCUCUCUUAUCUCCCCGUCAUCCCUCCUAGAGACCCUCUCCUCACUCCACUCCCUGUACCUCUCCUGCCUCCUGCCUCACGCCACCAACGCAGCCGAGGUCCAAGAAGCAGCACAACGCAUGACCGCUGUGCUCAGCCGCGCGCAGGACUACGUCGCAGCAUGGGCGGCCGCAGGGGACUGGGGAGCGAAGCAGAGUCCGGACGAUGAUUGGGCUGCUGCCCUUUCUUCGCUGCAGCGAGGCAACGACGAAGCAGAAGUGGCCGUCUUGCGUUCUCUAGCCAACCUGCUAGGCCUCAACAACCCACCAAGCGAUCUAGGCAGCUCUGCCGCUCUCGCCGCAGCGGAGGAAGCUUCGCGCUUAGGUACCGCCCGUCAUACCGCCAUACAAGCGCUUUUGGCAGACAAGACUGCCCUGUCCACCGCAGCGGGGCAGCUUCAUGCUUCUCAACGCUCGAGCUUCUGGGGUCGCAAGGUCCAAGAGCUGACUGAGCAGGCAGAACAAGCCGUCACACUCGCGCGAUGCCUCCUACAGUUCAGCUUCAGCCACGAGUCCGGGCCUGCUCUGUUGCGUCUCUCUUUCCAAUUGGCCACCAGCGCAUCACAGCUCUACCUUUACCUUUCCUCACUCCUCGACACGACGAGCGGGACCGGCGGGUCAGCAGCCGUCCUGGGAUCAAAGACAGACCUCAAUCCCUCAAGCCUGCAACGCUGCGAGAUCUUUGCCUCGCUCAGCGAGGUAUCCCUCCUCCGGUCACACCAAUCCUACACUACGCUCCGCAACCCGGCAGUAGUGAACAACUCAACCCGCACCACAAUGCAGGACAAUGCCAAAGUGUACGCACGCAAGGCGCUCGCCCAAGUUGGGCUCGAGUGGGUGUUGACCGAAAAGGAGACGAAUGCGAGCAAAGUAGAGCAACGCCUAUUGGUGACAGAGAAGCGCGGCAGUGAGGUUCCUCCUCGGGGCUUCGAAGCCAUCGAGACACAGGCGCAGGCGCUGAUGGCGAGCGCGCGGGCGUGCUUGCAUCGCAAGGAGUUCAGGCCAGAGGGGGCAGCGAGUGUCCCGCAAGCUGAAGCGGCAGAGCUAGAGGCGCUCGCAGUGGCUGUCAGGGUGCUGCGCCAGGGGAGGAUGUUGCAGCGAGGAGCAGAAGAUGACGAGUCAGGCGACUAUAUCAGUCGGCAAGGGUGGCGAAUUGCGCUGGAUCCGAAAGUCUGGUGGGACGGCUUGGCUGAAGAGGAGUCUGCGGGCGCAGGAGGGAACGUGAGGCCUGAGGAGGAGCGAUUCUGGCGAAGUCAGUGGCCCAAGGCUACCUGUCUUGCAGGGGAGGAUGGAGCGUGCUGAUACGCGCGCAACGUCGCUGCAAUAGUAUGCUGAUGCAAUAGCAUGGCAGUGGUGAGCUGAGAUAGAUGUAC